AAGAAAAGUAGGCUAGCACGUGGGUUAGCUAGUUCAAUAGGGGACCUCCAAAAAAUACUUUUAUUUCAACUUGACUGUUAUCUUUGGUGAUUAAAAACUAAUAUUAGUGGGUUAAAAGUUGAGUUUACUAUUCUGCUGGCUAUUAAGCCAGAAGACAAGCUUUCUAAUGGCGGACAAUGGAGACGAUGACUCCCAGCACAGAGUGAAUGAGGGUGACUACGUUGUACUGAAACGGGGAGACAUCUACAAAGCUGUGCAGAUUCAAAAGAAAAAGUUAGUCGUUACACAACUGUGUUCAUGCACAAUCACAUUAUCUGUUGGUUUGCAUUAGCUAACAAUUCUUGACAGUCAGGUCAAACAUUUGCCUGUACGACUAGCAUGCAAGCUAUGCCGUGUUGAUUAGUAUUGCACUCUUGCCAUCAUUGCUUUCUAGCUAUCUAAAUAGGAGUAGGAUACACAGCCAGGUAACUUAACAUUCAUUUUCACAUUUGUAGACGAGAAUGUAAUAAUGGCAGCUUGAAGCUGGAUGACAUAUUUGCAGUUGUGUAGUGUUUUGUGUAUCAUAGUGGACUCACUGUGUGUUAUCGUGCGUUUAUUGAAAUGAUCUGACAUGUCUUGUAACCCCAGGAAAACAGUCUUUGAGAAGCAGUGGUUCUUCCUGGACAAUGCAGUAGGGGAGUUGUAUGGGACCACCUUUGAAGUUGUGACUGAUGGGAAACUGCAGCCACGGAAACCUAAACACAUCGAGAGCUCUGCAGGUACCUACCUACCAAACAACAACUAUUUCAAUUCUCUAAUUCAGGUAUGGAUUCAGUUGGCCAGGUGCGGAGUUGAUGUCUGUGUCUUGUUUCUGUGUGUCUCUUUAGAUGCCAAGGAAGCAGGGACAGACAACAGGAACAUUCAGGAUGAUGGGAAAUCACAGAAACUCACCAGAGAUGACAUUGAGACCCUCAAAGAGCAAGGUCUAAAUGGACAGGUACAUGAUUCGUUGUCAUUUCUCCCUCAGGGGGAUCACAAAUAUACAGUACCAGUCAAAAGUUUGGACACACCUACUCAUUCGAGUUUUUCUUUAUUUUUACUAUUUUCUACAUUGUAGAAUAAUAGUGAAGACAUAAACUAUGAAAUAACACAUGGAAUCAUGUAGUAACCCAAAAAGUAUUAAACAAAUUAAAAUCAAAAUAUAUUUUAUAUUUGAGAUUCUUCAAAGUAGCCACCCUUUGCCUUGAUGACAGCUUUUCACACGAUUGGCAUUCUCUCAACCAGCUUCACCUGGAAUGCUUUUCCAACAGUCUUGAAGGAGUUCCCACAUAUGCUGAGCACUUGUUGGCUGCUUUUCCUUCACUCUGCGGUCCAACUUAUCCCAAACGUCUCAAUUGGGUUGAGGUCGGGUGAUUGUGGAGGCCAGGUCAUCUGAUGCAGCACUCCAUCACUCUCUUUAUUGGUCAAAAAGCCCUUACACAGCCUGGAGGUGUGUUGGGUCAUUGUCCUGUUGAAAAACAAAUGAUAGUCCCAGUAAGCGCGAAUUAGAUGGGAUGGCAUAUCACUGCAGAAUGCUGUGGUAGCCAUGCUGGUUAAGUGUGCCUUGAAUUCUAAAAAAUCACAGACAAUGUUACCAGCAAAGCACCAUCACACCACCACCUCCAUGCUCCACACAUGCAGAGAAAAUCUGAAAUUUGGACUCAUCAGACCAAAGGACAGAUUUCCAUUGGUCUUAUGUCUAUUGCUCGUGUUUCUUGGCCUAAGCAAGUCUCUUCUUAUUGGUAUCCUUUAGUAGUGGUUUCUUUGCAGCAAUUUGACCAUGAAGGCCUGAUUCACGCAGUCUCCUCUGAACAGUUGAUGUUGAGAUGUGUCUGUUACUUGAACUGAGUGAAGCAUUUAUUUGGGCUGCAAUUUCUGAGGCUGGUAACUCUAAUGAACUUAUCCUCUGCAGCAGAGGUAACUCUGGGUCUUCAUUUCCUGUGGUGGUCCUCAUGAGAGCCAGUUUCAUCAUAGUGCUUGUUUUUUGCGACUGCACUUUAACAAACUUUCAAAGUUCUUGAGAUUUUCCGGGUUUGACUGACCUUCAUGUCUUAAAGUAAUGAUGGACUGUCGUUUCUCUUUGCUUAUUUGAGCUGUUCUUGCCAUAAUAUGGACUUGGUCUUUUACCAAAUAGGGCUAUCUUCUGUAAUCCAGGCACUUGUCAUCUCCCGUCUGGAUUACUGCAACUCGCUGUUGGCUGGGCUCCCUGCCUGUGCCAUUAAACCCCUGCAACUUAUCCAGAACGCUGCAGCCCAUCUGGUGUUCAACCUUCCCAAGUUCUCUCACGUCACCCCGCUCCUCCGCACACUCCACUGGCUUCCAGUUGAAGUUCGCAUCUACUACAAAACCAUGGUGCUUGCCUACGGAGCUGUGAGGGGAACAGCUCUGAUCAGACCCUACACCCAAACGAGGGCACUACAUUCAUCCACCUCUGGCCUGCUAGCCCCCUACCUCUACGGAAGCACAGUUCACGCUCAGCCCAGUCAAAGCUAUUCGCUGCUCUGGCACCCCAAUGGUGGAACAAGCUCCCCCACGACCCCAGGACAGCGGAGUCACUGACCACCUUCCGGAGACACUUGAAACCCAACCUCUUUAAGGAAUACCUGGAAUAGUAUAAUAGUAAUCCUUCUACCCCCCCUUUUACUACCACUGUCAUUUGUCUAAACUAACACCUGACUUAUUUCACCUGCUAGCACUGACUUGUUUAAAGAAAUGUACUUAUUGUGAUUGAGAUGUAGUUGUCCCUGAUUGCACUGACUUUGCUCACAGCUGCUUGUUUGAAGAAGUGUACUUACUGUGAUCAAGAUGUGGUUGUCCCACUGGCUAUCCUAAGUUGAAUGCACCAAUUUGUAAGUCGCUCUGGAUAAGAGCGUCUGCUAAAUUACUUAAAUGUAAAAAAUAACACCCCUAACCUUGUCACAACACAACUGAUUGGCUCAAGCGCAUUAAGAAGGAAAGAUAUUCCACAAAUUAACUUUUAACAAGGCACACCUGUUAAUUGAAAUGCAUUCCAGGUGACUACCUCUUGAAGCUGGUUGAGAGAAUGCCAAGAGUGUGAAAAGCUGUCAUCAAGGCAAAGGGUGGCUACUUUGAAGAUUCUCAAGUAUAAAAUAUAAAUUGAUUUGUUUAACACUUUUUUGGUUACUACAUGAUUCCAUAUGUGUUAUUUCAUAGUUUUGAUGUCUUCACUAUUAUUCUACAAUGUAGAAAAUAGUAAAAACAAAGUAAAUCCCUGGAAUGAGUAGGUGUGUCCAAACUUUUGACUGGUACUGUAUAUUAAUCCAAUUUAAACGACAUGGCUAUAUGUGUGCUGAGUAAAUAGUUUGCUUAGAAUUGCUGUACACAAAGUAACACAACAGUACCGGUAGUAAAUUAAGUAUUAAUUUGUGAAAGUUUGUUUUUGUGUAUGUUGAAGAUGCUCCUCUUUCCCAUCUCUCCUCUCCUCAGGAAAUAGUCCAGCAGCUAAUAGAGAACAGUACGACGUUCAGGGACAAGACUGAGUUUGCACAGGAGAAAUACAUCAAGAAAAAAAAGAAAAAGUGAGUCCGAGGAAUGUAGGCCUGUACACUCCAGGACCAGGGUUAGUGAUGAAUGAAAUGGGCUUUGUGGGUUCUGAAUGUCUUGUGUUCUGUUCCCUCCAGGUAUGAGAACAGUGUGAUGGUUCUAAGGCCCUCUUGUCGUAUCCUGGCUAUGAUGUACCACGGCAGAGAACCAGGGAAGAUAUGGUGAGUGAGAUCACCAGAGGGACAGUCACUAGUAGGGCCUGAUGGUUUUCCUGGCUAGGUCAUGCAGUCAGGAAAACUUCUGUGCCCAAAUUAUGUUGUUAUUGAGAUAAGAUUGUUGUUGUAACCCAGACUGUGUCUCUGCCUCUUCUCCUCUAGCCACCUGCGGUACGACACCCUAGCCCAGAUGUUAACGCUGGGCAACAUCCAUGCAGGCAGUAAGGUGCUGGUGUUUGAGACCUGCGCUGGACUGGUGCUGGGGGCCGUCAUAGAGAGGAUGGGAGGUAACUGGACUAUAGAAAUACCAUGUCUGGAAAUAUGGAUAGAGUUGUCAUGACCUGCAUCUGAAAUAGAACGCUAGCGUGGAACCCCGUAUUAUUGGCAUAUUCAACAGCGUUUAAGAAAUAUAUUACCUUCAACAGUGUUAUCUUGUGAUCAAGCCAUCAAUGUUAUGUGAUUAUUGGUGUCGUAAAAGUGUUAGCUAACGGGUUAGCAAUUAGCAGGUUUGACAUUUCAGUGGAAAUACUACUAUUAUCAGCUUUUUGAUAAGCGGUUUAGCAAAUAAAUACGUCCAGUAUUAUCGGCAUACGGUCCCCAGUUAUUGGCCACCUUACUAUUUUGUUCAUUUACAAGAUAUAUCCGUUUAAUUUCGUUCAAAAAAGAGACUCCAACCACGUACCCGAAGUGUUUACUAGAUAAUUGACUAGUUGGCUAGCCUUCCGGUAAAAAAUAAUGACUUGCCUGUCAACUUUUCAUUGCGUAGCCCGGUGCGCCCUCCUGUGGACUCUUAAGAAAUGGUUCUUCACCAACAUAUUCAGUGUUGUAACCAAAUAAUGUCUCAUCAUUUGUUUUACAGAUUAAUCUUAUGCUUUGAGAAAGUAGAUAACAGUUGAAUACUAAAAUAUGAGUAUUAAUAAUUUACAUCAAAUAAAACUUUAAUUUCAGUAAUGUGCAUUGACAUAAACAAUUAAAAUACUGUUGGAGUUUGUUGCAGAGGUGCACUUGGAAAGUAAAGGAAGAAAUACACAAGAUGGGUUGAAUUAAUAUAUAUAUACACUGCUCAAAAAAAUAAAGGGAACACUUAAACAACACAAUGUAACUCCAAGUCAAUCACACUUCUGUGAAAUCAAACUGUCCACUUAGGAAGCAACACUGAUUGACAAUACAUUUCGCAUGCUGUUGUGCAAAUGGAAUAGACAACAGGUGGAAAUUAUAGGCAAUUAGCAAGACACCCCCAAUAAAGGACUGGUUUUGCAGGUGGUGAUCACAGACCACUUCUCAGUUCCUAUGCUUCCUGGCUGAUGUUUUGGUCACUUUUGAAUGCUGGCGGUGCUUUCACUCUAGUGGUAGCAUGAGACGGAGUCUACAACCCACACAAGUGGCUCAGGUAGUGCAGCUCAUCCAGGAUGGCACUUCAAUGCGAGCUGUGGCAAGAAGGUUUGCUGUGUCUGUCAGCGUAGUGUCCAGAGCAUGGAGGCGCUACCAGGAGACAGGCCAGUACAUCAGGAGACGUGGAGGAGGCCGUAGGAGGGCAACAACCCAGCAGCAGGACUGCUACCUCCCCCUUUGUGCAAGGAGGAGCAGGAGGAGCACUGCCAGAGCCCUGCAAAAUGACCUCCAGCAGGCCACAAAUGUGCAUGUGUCUGCUCAAACGGUCAGAAACAGACUCCAUGAGGGUGGUAUGAGGGCCCGACGUCCACUGGUGGGGGUUGUGCUUACAGCCCAACACCGUGCAGGACGUUUGGCAUUUGCCAGAGAACACCAAGAUUGGCAAAUUCGCCACUGGCGCCCUGUGCUCUUCACAGAUGAAAGUAGGUUCACACUGAGCACAUGUGACAGAUGUGACAGAGUCUGGAGACACCGUGGAGAACGUUCUGCUGCCUGCAACAUCCUCCAGCAUGACCGGUUUGGCGGUGGGUCAGUCAUGGUGUGGGGUGGCAUUUCUUUGGGGGGCCGCACAGCCCUCCAUGUGCUCGCCAGAGGUAGCCUGACUGCCAUUAGGUACCGAGAUGAGAUCCUCAGACCCCUUGUGAGACCAUAUGCUGGUGCGGUUGGCCCUGGGUUCCUCCUAAUGCAAGACAAUGCUAGACCUCAUGUGGCUGGAGUGUGUCAGCAGUUCCUGCAAGAGGAAGGCAUUGAUGCUAUGGACUGGCCCGCCCGUUCCCCAGACCUGAAUCCAAUUGAGCACAUCUGGGACAUCAUGUCUCGCUCCAUCCACCAACGCCACGUUGCACCACAGACUGUCCAGGAGUUGGCGGAUGCUUUAGUCCAGGUCUGGGAGGAGAUCCCUCAGGAGACCAUCCGCCACCUCAUCAGGAGCAUGCCCAGGUGUUGUAGGGAGGUCAUACAGGCACGUGGAGGCCACACACACUACUGAGCCUCAUUUUUUCUUGUUUUAAGGACAUUACAUCAAAGUUGGAUCAGCCUGUAGUGUGGUUUUCCACUUUUAAUUUUGAGGGUGACUCCAAAUCCAGACCUCCAUGGGUUGAUAAAUUUGAUUUCCAUUGAUCAUUUUUGUGUGAUUUUGUUGUCAGCACAUUCAACUAUGUAAAGAAAAAACUAUUUAAUAAGAUUAUUUCAUUCAUUCAGAUCUAGGAUGUGUUAUUUUAGUGUUCCCUUCAUUUUUUUGAGCAGUGUAUUAUAUUUUAGACAUUAAUUUUUUUGUACAAAUAAAUAAUUUCAUAUGAACACAAACAAAACAAAAUAUUAAAUCUCGACCUCCAUCACUAUAUUGUCACAAAAAUCACAAUAAAAAUCCAGCUCCACCGCUACCUCUGGAUCCCACUGCACACACCUGCAGUGGAACCAGUGCUGGCAGAAGUCACAGCACACCCAUGGCACCUCGGAUCUACACUCCUGAGGGGAGCUUGCAGGCGGAUCACACUCCCCGCAGCGAGUACAGCAGGUGGUGUCUUCUUUUAUAAAAAAUAAAAUAAGAUAAAAAAUUGAUUAAUAUGGUUUUACAAAAUGUAGAAGUUCUUCAACAACAAUAGUAAUUGAUACAACUGAGAGAGAGAGAAAAACAGAUUAUGAAGUACCUGAGAGUGGUGGUGUGACAGACGUGACCGGUGGAGCUUUUCUCUUCCUUUUCUGUGCUGCAGUUUGAGAAAAAGUAGUGUUAGACAGAGCAUGUUGCAUGAAAACCCUUUUCAACUUAUUUACAUCAAUACCUCUGGAGGAAGCUGCAGAGGUUUUUGGAGGAGGUGGAGAUGACUAGAGUGCUGGUGCUAUAGACUGUAGAUAUGUAAAGAGAUUUUUUUUUUACAUUGCUGUUUUUUAAAACAGAUAAAAACAGUCAUUUUUUUGUAAUUGUUUACCUGUGGAGGUGGCGGUAUUCAAAUUACAGGGGGCAGGGACACCAGACGAGGCUGCUAUGGUGGUGUGACCAGGGGAGAUGGAGGAGGCAGUUGGUCCAGAGGAGGCCGUGUUGGUGGUGACAGACGGGGGGUGGUGUGCAUUGGGGUGGUGGUGGACAAAACCGCCGACGAUGGCUUGGAGGAGCUGGUGUUUGUAAUGGUGGGGUUGAGGGGCCGACGAUGGUGUGGCCGGGAGAGUAGGCACGUAGCCUUCUUCUGCAGCUGGGGACUCCGGCCGCUCCUACAGGUGUUGCACACUGGGAGGCACUGGCAGUGGUGAUGCAGCUGUCAGGAGUGGUUCUAGCAGGGGGUCCACCAGAGGCGAUGGCGUCAAUGGUCUCAUCCAUGGCAGCCCUCUCCUGUGCCCUCUGUGUUCUGAGGGCUGCCCAACGCUCUUUCUCCUCUGCCUCGGCCCUCGGCCCUCUCCUUCUCACCCCUCUCCUGCCACUGGCGCGUGUAUUCCUCCCCGGUGAGGCAUGUGGCGACCACAGGGAGUCUUCUGUAUCGGUCCAGCCGAUACUUCAGGACAGUAAGGAUGUGCCCCAGGUCCUUCGCUAUCAGCCCCCCCCCUCUAUUAGGGGGUGCUCUUCUGGGACUGGAGCAGGGGCUGGGAAUGGAGCAGGGGCUGAGGGUCCUUCUGUGGUCACUGGGGAGGAGGUGCUGAUGGACGGCACGGUGCUGCUGGUUCCAGGAGAGGCGGUGGUGGGACCCGGUAGGGACCGGGACGGCAUUAAACGGGACCCUUCAAUGGCUGAAGGGUCAAAAGGGAAGAGGCCACACUUCUUAAACCCUUCCACCACAUACAGUGGGGAAAAAAGUAUUUAGUCAGCCACCAAUUGUGCAAGUUCUCCCACUUAAAAAGAUGAGAGGCCUGUAAUUUUCAUCAUAGGUACACGUCAACUGACAGACAAAAUGUGAAAAAAAUAUCCAGAAAAUCACAUUGUAGGAUUUUUUAUGAAUUUAUUUGCAAAUUAUGGUGGAAAAUAAGUAUUUGGUCAAUAACAAAAGUUUCUCAAUACUUUGUUAUAUACCCUUUGUUGGCAAUGACACAGGUCAAACGUUUUCUGUAAGUCUUCACAAGGUUUUCACACACUGUUGCUGGUAUUUUGGCCCAUUCCUCGAUGCAGAUCUCCUCUAGAGCAGUGAUGUUUUGGGGCUGUCGCUGGGCAACACAGACUUUCAACUCCCUCCAAAGAUUUUCUAUGGGGUUGAGAUCUGGAGACUGGCUAGGCCACUCCAGAACCUUGAAAUGCUUCUUACGAAGCCACUCCUUCGUUGCCCGGGCGGUGUGUUUGGGAUCAUUGUCAUGCUGAAAGACCCAGCCACAUUUCAUCUUCAAUGCCCUUGCUGAUGGAAGGAGGUUUUCACUCAAAAUCUCACGAUACAUGGCCCCAUUCAUUCUUUCCUUUACAAGGAUCAGUCGUCCUGGCCCCUUUGCAGAAAAACAGCCCCAAAGCAUGAUGUUUCCACCCCCAUGCUUCACAGUAGGUAUGGUGUUCUUUGGAUGCAACUCAGCAUUCUUUGUCCUCCAAACACGACGAGUUGAGUUUUUACCAAAAAGUUCUAUUUUGGUUUCAUCUGACCAUAUGACAUUCUCCCAAUCCUCUUCUGGAUCAUCCAAAUGCACUCUAGCAAACUUCAGACGGGCCUGGACAUGUACUGGCUUAAGCAGGGGGACACGUCUGGCACUGCAGGAUUUGAGUCCCUGGCGGCGUAGUGUGUUACUGAUGGUAAGCUUUGUUACUUUGGUCCCAGCUCUCUGCAGGUCAUUCACUAGGUCCCCCCGUGUGGUUCUGGGAUUUUUGCUCACCGUUCUUGUGAUCAUUUUGACCCCACGGGGUGAGAUCUUGCGUGGAGCCCCUGAUCGAGGGAGAUUAUCAGUGGUCUUGUAUGUCUUCCAUUUCCUAAUAAUUGCUCCCACAGUUGAUUUCUUCAAACCAAGCUGCUUACCUAUUGCAGAUUCAGUCUUCCCAGCCUGGUGCAGGUCUACAAUUUUGUUUCUGGUGUCCUUUGACAGCUCUUUGGUCUUGGCCAUAGUGGAGUUUGGAGUGUGACUGUUUGAGGUUGUGGACAGGUGUCUUUUAUACUGAUAACAAGUUAAAACAGGUGCCAUUAAUACAGGUAACGAGUGGAGGACAGAGGAGCCUCUUAAAGAAGAAGUUACAGGUCUGUGAGAGCCAGAAAUCUUGCUUGUUUGUAGGUGACCAAAUACUUAUUUUCCACCAUAAUUUGCAAAUAAAUUUAUUAAAAAUUAAUGUGAUUUUCUGGAUUUUUUUUCCCUCAAUUUGUCUGUCAUAGUUGACGUGUACCUAUGAUGAAAAUUACAGGCCUCUCUCAUCUUUUUAAGUGGAAGAACUUGCACAAUUGGUGGCUGACUAAUACUUUUUUCCCCACUGCACAUAUAUACAUAUCCUUUUUGAAAAUAUAUUUCCCUUCAUUACUUUCCAACCCCACCACCCCUUCCCUAAUUGGAAUAAACUACUGAACAACAAUGCUUAGGCCUCUUCUACUUCAAGCUUAUACAUACUAUAUACAUUUUAUGGACACAGUCAAUUUUACAAUAAUUAUAUUUUGUUUGUUUUUACUCCUGAACUUCCUCAACCUCUCCGAUCAUUUUCAUGAUGUCCAUCCGGUUUGCUUCUAUAUGCCAUAUCGUUAUAACUGUGCUCUUUCACAAAAGCUCUCAACCUAUAACCUAUAUACUUAUUAUGGACACAGUAUGCUUACAUUAUUAGUUAUCUUGUUGUUAUUAGUCCCAUCUUUCAACUCCAUUCAACACCACCCAUCUAUCUCUUAACACCAUCCAUAUUGGAUUUCUAUUUGCCAUAUAUUUUUCAACUGUACUGUGAUGUUUUACAAAAAACAAUAUUGUUGGAAACAAAAAUAUUAUUAUAUUAUUGAUCGAUUGACUAUGACUUUUCAGAUCACCCAGUAAUGCUAUCUGCAGGGUUAGCUCCAGGUAAAUAUUGCAAUCAUUUAGCCAUUCCUGGACCUGUGUCCAAAAACAAGCUACAAAUGGACAGUACCAAAACAAAUGAUCUAAUGAUUCUGUCUCUUCGCAGCAAAAUCUGCAGAGCUGGGAAGAUUGUAUAUAAAUAACAUUCUAUUGGUAGCAAGAAUUUUAUAUAAUCAUUUUAAUUGAAAAAUUCUAAGCUUUGAAUCCGGCGUCGUUUUGCAUAUCAGUUCAUAAACACUAUGCCAUGGGAUCGGUACGUCAAAAAUCUCUUCCCAACUAUUUUGCAAUCUAUAUGGGACGGCUGUCAUCCUUUGGUCCUUAAAUGAAACUGGUAUACUUUUUUAUUUAUCACAGUUUUCUUUAACCAAUUAUGUUCUUUAAUGCAAGACCGACAGACAAGUUCCUUACUUUUCCCCCCUCCACUUUCCUCUUCCAUUUUUGCGGUAAGGCUGCAAUUAUUUGGUUGUAAUUUUGGGUAGAGCAGACAUUUCCAUAUGUUUUUGUUAGCUGCGUGUGCGACAUAACUCAACCAGUCAAGAUUAUACCUUUUUUAAACAUUUUGUAAAAAAAAAAAAGGUUUCUUAUCAAUUAGCAUAUUUGAGUUUAACCACAAUAUUUGUUGCAUUAUUUGUUCUGUCGUUUCUGGAGGAUUACAUUUAAAUUGCAACCAACUUUCUAUGGUUGUUUUAGAAAUAGUGAUAUUUGGGAGAUGAUUUCCUUUUCAAAUAACUGAAAGGGAGAGGUUGUAAUCUGAAUAAAGGGAAAAAAAUAUUAUUUUAGCGACUGUUCAAGCAAUAAUCAAAACAACACUGUAAGCCGAUGAGAACCCAAAAAAGUGUUUGUUUAGAUGUAAUAACUACAUAAAUCUAGAUUUAAUGGAUCUUGAAUGGGCACAGAUGGCGAACAGCAGUGGUUUUCCCUCAAGAUGGGAAUGGUUUAGGGGACUACUUCUUCAUGACGUGAAUAGCAAGUACACUAUAUAUACAAAAGUAUGUGGACACACCUUUAAAUUAUUGGAUUCGGCUAUUUCGGCCACACCCGUUGCUGACAGGUGUAUAAGUUUGAGCACACAGCCAUGCAAUCUCCAUAGAAAUGCAUUGGCAGUAGAAUGGCCUUACUGAAGAGCUCAGUGCCAAGCGUCAGCUGGAGUGGUGUAAAGCUCGCCGCCAUUGGACUCUGGACCAGUGGAAACGCGUUCUCUGGAGUGAGGAAUCACGCUUCACCAUCUGGCAGUCUGACGGACGAAUCUGGGUUUGGCGGAUGCCAGGAGAACGCUACCUGCCUAAAUGCAUAGUGCCAACUGUAACGUUUGGUGGAGGAGGAAUAAUGGUAAUGGUUCGGACUAGGCCAGUGAAGGGAAGGAAAUCUUAACGCCACAGCAUACAAUGACAUUCUAGAUUAUUCUGUGCUUCCAACUUUGUGGCAGCAGUUUGGGGAAGGCCCUUUCCUGUUUCAGCAUGACAAUGCCCCCGUGCACAAAGCGAGGUCCACAGAAAUGGUUUGUCGACAUCGGUGUGGAAGAACUUGACUGGCCUGCACAGAGCCCUGAGCUCAACUCCAUCGAACACCUUUGGGAUGAAUUGGAACGCCGACCUCACUAAUGCUCUUGUGGCUGAAUGGAAGCAAGUCCCGGCACCAAUGUUCCAACAUCUAGUGGAAAGCCUUCCCAGAAGAGUGGAGGCUGUUAUAGCAGCAAAGGGGGGACCAACUCCAUAUUAAUGCCCAUGAUUUUGGAAUGAGAUGUUCGACGAGCAGGUGUCCACAUACUUUCGGUCAUGUAGUGUAUAUCAGCAGUCAACAUUUUAUGUAAUACAUUUCUAUCGGAAUGUCCUGUAAUGUUGCAUUCAUCUGAAGACAACCAAACAGACACAUCCAUCUUCACAUUGUGUCUCUCUCCUCUCUCCUCCAGGCUAUGGGUCAGUGGUGCAGAUGUACCCAGGAGGAGGUCCUGUGAGGGCGGGGGUAGAGAGCUUUGGGUUCCCCUCCCACUUCCACGACACGCUCCAUGAGUUUCCCAUCUGUCACGUCAACGCACUGCUGGCAGGGACACUGGACACGGAGGCCAAAGACAUAGACACAAGUGUGUGGGAUAUAAUCCUUUGACAGACCAACAAUGCCAUACUGUCUCAUCUAUUGAAUUGAUUGAUAUAUUGUCACAACUCUAGAUGCUGGACAGGCCAAUGGGGACAAGUCCAACCUGACCCAGACUGACCCAGAGAAGGCAGAAGGCAAGGGGGGCAGUCCAGACACAGAAGACCAGAGUAUGGAGACUAGUACCAGUACAGACCCUGCCGAGGACAAGGAGAGAGAGGAGAGGGAGAAACGCAGAGAGAUCAGAGUAUGACAACACAUAGUGAAGCAGCAAGUAGUCUCUGUUAUUUGUGUCACUUCCUGGUGCUUGUGUGCUCCAAAGAUUUAAACUGUGUACAAUUGACAAGCAACUGUAUGUUGUGUUUCAGGCCCAGGAGAAGAUUGUGAAGACUGAGGAGAAGAGGAAGAAACUAUCUGCUGCUGCCGGCGUGCUGAAGGGGAGGAACGCUGACGGGUCAGUCUGUUCUUUCCUCUCUCUCACCUCCUUCAAUUAGUUUUAAUGACACUAGGUUACAGAGUGAAUUCUAGAACUCUAAACCAUUCAUGUGCUGUUAAUAGACAUGUAUAAGCAGUAAUAAACUGUAUAACAGCUUUUUGGCACUAAGAUUACACACCCCUGACAGUUUCUACUCUGUCGUGGUGUUGCCUGUUGGUGUUGUCUUGCGCUGUCUGAAAUCAGUCAAACAUGUCAAUGUUAACAUCUUCAUUUCAACACAAGAGGAACAAAAGAUGAUUGCUUAGCAGUAAUCUUGAUCCGAAGUGAGAUAGGUGUGACAUGUCUAGUUAAAGAUGAUUGAUGUUGGGGCCUACAGCAGAUGUCAUCUGAACCCAUGAUUAUUGAUUGGUUUGUUGAGGAAUUGGGGGAAGCUCAUGUUUCUCCAGGUCACCUUUAACAUGUAAACAACUAGUCUACAUCCCUAGUCUUUCUCUACACCUGAGUUCCGAUACUUUCAACAGGCCUUCUUCCAUCCUCCCUUCUUUGAAGUAAUUACUAAUCUCACGAAAUUGGUUAGGUGAAAGCAACAGUUCUACUGUCUAGUUCUACAGUAUAUCUCUGGUUCUCCUCCUCAGGUUGGUGAUAGCCAGUCGGUUCCACCCCUGUCCAGUUCUACUGGGUUCUACUGUCUAGUUCUACAGUAUAUCUCUGGUUCUCCUCCUCAGAUUGGUGAUAGCCAGUCGGUUCCACCCCUGUCCAGUUCUACUGGGCCUCAUCAAGUUCCUCGCCCCCUCCAGGCCCUUUGUAGUGUACUCUCAAUACAAAGAGGUAUGCAUUUGAGUGUUCUCUAGUAUGCUUCCUAGUGUGCUCUAGUGUGUCUUGUGUACUUAAUUAAGUAGUGUAUUAAAUAAGCUUGUUACUUUAUUACUGUUAUUAUUGUUUCUAGUAGACCCUAGUGUACUGCCAUUUAUACAGAAGUACAUUUAUUGUCUUUCUCCAGUGGGUAAUUGCUCAGUGAUAUAAGUCUGUAGUCUAGUCUGUAUUAGGAGUUCUCACCGCUGUCAUGUUCACUCUGUUGCUCUUCUGUGGUUACUAAAACUCUUGUCAUUUCUGUCUGUCUCUCUCUCUUCUACAGCCUCUGAUAGAGUGCUAUUCAAAGCUCAGGGAACAAGGCGGAGCAGUCAGCCUGCGACUCACCGAUUCAUGGAUCAGACAUUACCAGGUAUAAGCAUCAAACUGUACAACGGUCCCUGUGGAAGCGUCCAUGUUUGUAGUACCAGCACUAGCUUUGACCUCUGACCUCUUCUUGUCUCUGUGUGUAGGUCUUGCCUAACAGGACGCACCCCAUGCUGCUAAUGAGUGGGGGCGGGGGCUACAUCCUCUCCGGGACAACAGUUGCUACGGAUACGACUAAAGCGAAGACCUGCUCAACAACCGCAGAAGAGCCGGCCGCAAAGAGACUGAAACUCACAGAGACCACAGAGGGAUGACAGUUAGACUAUUGAGGGGUGCCCAUAGGUUGUGGAAUUUAAAUCAUUGAUGACUUGAUAUAUGUGUACUUGUGGAGGUGGGGAUAGAAUCACUAAAAUCUCUCUCCCUCCUCCUGAGACCAGUUAUAAACUAUCAUGGCUGUUAUUCAGCACUGGAGCUGCUCUCCAAAGCUCUAAGCUCCCAAAUGCAGCAUUUUGUUUGUAUUUAAUAUUAUUUUAGCAGAAAAGUGCCAUGUGAUGAUGUAAAGCAGCCAUUUGCUAUCACAGCCUCGUAACUGUACUGCAUCUGUGAAUUUCAAUAAAUACAGUGCUGUUAAAAUACUAUUACUCUUGAAAACCAACUCUGUUCCUGUGGUAUUAAAAUCCUGAGAUACGUGUUAGAAUAA